CGGAGGAGGAGGAGGAGGAGGGUGUGUAUUACUAUAGGCAAAUAUAGUAGUGGUAUGUGAAUGUCGAGGUAUCUCUCCGAGUGCUUUCACUGACUGAUGCCCCUUGCAUGGGUUUUGUCACUCACCUCUUUCCUUACGCACAUUUCAUAAAUAUAUCUUCCUCUACAUAUAUGGCCCUGAAACUGACCAAGAGGAGUUUCUCCCUUAUUCUGCUCAGCAUUCCAGAGGUAUCUGAAAGUUGAGACACGCCACUCAGAUGAGAGAGCCAGCCCGCGGAAGAAGAAGAAAACAGAACCAACAAGGCUCACAAAUGGCCAUGAAAUCAAGAAUAAAACUCUCAAUCACACCUGCAUGCAUCUGUCGAAUCGAAUCGAGCUAUAAGAGCCGAGCUGUGCUCGUGUUACCUCUGGAUAGUGGUGUUGCAAGGGUGAGAUAUAUCCUUCUGUCCCUAGCAGGCGAGGCCCCCGGACGCGCUGACAGUGAAUGCUACUCGAAUUCCUUCGAUUUCGCUAACAGAUUAUGCUGUCUUCCGCCGGUGCAGAUAAACAAUGCGUGUUCCCAGAGAGCUUUCCAUUCCAUAUGUCCUCUAUUGGAGCAUGCUGCGGCUCCAUGCCAUUCAUCGACACGUUUGUGUUACUCGUGCGGCCUCAUCCACAGCUCCACAAUGUUCUGGAAUGUCCAAGUGGAGAAUGGCAGCGUUGCGUCCAUGGGUCCGCGAACGCUGAUCGCCAUUCACCCAUGUUUCCCCCAGAAUUCCCAGUAGGGUUCUUUGAAGUCAUGUCAGGUGGAGUAUGGAGAAAAAAAGGAUUGUCAGAGAUCGCUAACAGUCACCAACAGUAUUAUGUGUUGGUCUUGCCUGCAUCCAGGCAGGUAUGUAUCAUGGUCAAGUAAAUUCCGGCC